UUUGCCAACCGCCAAUAAAUAUCCAUAAAGAAGAAGCACAUCGCCCAUGAAAAGCUGAUCUGACAAUUAAAAGUGUUUUUUUAAGGGAGUUGGGGGAAAUUAGCAUUAGCUAUGUUUUACCACAUUUCUUUGGAACAUGAGAUCUUACUACACCCGAGAUAUUUUGGCCCGAACCUGCUGAACACUGUGAAGCAGAAGCUCUUCACCGAAGUAGAGGGAACCUGCACUGGAAAGUAUGGCUUUGUCAUCGCCGUCACCACUAUUGACAACAUCGGGGCGGGUGUGAUCCAGCCUGGCAGAGGUUUUGUCCUCUAUCCUGUGAAGUACAAGGCCAUUGUCUUCCGUCCAUUUAAGGGAGAACUGGUAGACGCUGUGGUCACUCAGGUUAACAAGGUUGGACUGUUCACAGAAAUUGGCCCCAUGUCCUGCUUUAUCUCUCGCCACUCCAUCCCUUCGGAAAUGGAGUUUGACCCUAAUUCUAAUCCACCGUGCUAUAAGACAGUUGAUGAGGAUAUUGUAAUCCAGCAAGACGAUGAGAUCCGUCUGAAGAUUGUGGGUACAAGGGUUGACAAGAAUGACAUCUUCGCAAUUGGGUCUCUCAUGGAUGACUACCUGGGCCUCGUCAGCUGAUUUCUGUUUCAGUCAGGCACGCCAUACGGGGACUUUCCUGUCGACCUCUUUCAGUUGUACUUUUUUUUUAACUGCAAUGUGUUGUAUGAUGACAGCUGUUGAAGCACCAUAUUCAAUUCCCUUUGUUAUAUUUUGCAUCUUAUGUUCGCUGUUAUUAUUAGGACUCAUGAGCCCAAAUACUGUUAGAGUAUGAUAGUUGUCCACACAGAAAGAUUAGUUUUGCUCAUGGAGAAAGCAUAAUUUUAAUUGUUUGUUGUUUUGUUGUAUGUGGACUGCAAUAAAAUAUCUUGUUCUUUCUUA